AUGCAAAACAAGCACAAUUUGAAACAGAGAUUUGAGGAGCUUCGAGGAAUCCAAGCUGCACAACACCAUCAGACCUCGUUCAUCAAGUUUUACCCCACUCCCGCCGUGGGCUUCAACUUGGGCGACAUCGCCACCGAAGACAUAGCAGACGCAAGUCGGUCCACUCUAGAGGGACUGGAUCAAACUUUUCAGGCUGGUUUUGAAGCAAAGUUCAUUUUAUCCCCCAAAACACCUGAUGGCGAAAUAAGUAACCAGCCUGAUCUCAAACAGCAAAUUGAAGUUCUCAUACAACCAGACAAAGAUGUCACACAAGUCACUGUUUGCAACACAGAAAACGGGAGAUUAGAGGUGAAAUUUAUACCCAAAGUACCCGGUGCUUACAGCAUUGAAAUGAAGAUUAAUGGAGAUACACUCGCCAACUCUCCGUUCACUGUGGCGGUGAAGGAGCGUGAACUUAUUGUGGUCGGUGAGUUGGAUCUGACUUUAUUAGAAGGAGAACGGGUCGACGAUUUAUUUGGAAUCGCGGUAAAUACGAUAGGGAAUAUUGCCGUAAUUGACAUUGGUAAAAACUGUGCUUACAUAUUCGAUAAAAAUGGUCAAUGUCUGAGAAAAAUUGGUCUUGAGCAAUUUCGAGACCCACUUGGCGUGACAUAUUUGAACGAUGACGAGAUUUUGAUUGCAGACGCUGGUAACGGUAGAAUACAACAAAUUAAUAUCCAAACAGGAACUGUCGUGAAAACUUUAGGAAGAGCAGGUGUAGGAAAAAAAGAGUUUCAUAUUCCUUGUGAUGUUUGUUUGGAUGAAGAACGUCGCAUUGUUGUAACCGAAUUUUGGAAUAGUAGGAUACAGGUGAUGUCACCUGAGGGAGAGACUAUUUCCAUCUUUGGAAACAUCGGCCCAGAAAAAUUAAACAAGCCAAAGAGCUGCUUCCCUUACAAAGACAAGUUUUUCAUAUCCGAUAGCGGAAAUCAUUGCAUUAAGGCUUUCGACAAGUCGGGAACAUUCUUACACAAGUUUGGCAAACAGGGCAAUCAAGAUGGACAAUUUGACAACCCAUAUGGUUUGCUUAUAGACAGGUUCCAUUGCCUUUUGGUGUGUGAUCAGUUCAAUCAUCGAGUUCAGCAGUUUUCUCUGGACGGUCGCUUCACUGGAAAAAGUAUCACUAAUUUAAGUAAUCCUCGUGGAAUAGCAGCAACACCAGAUGGACGUAUUCUCGUGACUACCCCUGAAAAGAUUUUCAUAUUAAAGUAG